GUCGUCUGGGCGACUGAGAGGAGAAAGAGAAGGGGUGUUGGGCCUGGCGGGCUAACCCGGGCUGGGGACGGCUGGGCGGCUUGGCGGGGCGGUGUCCGGAGAGCUGCGGGGCCCGGGCGCCCGGGGUUCGCGCCACACUCCCAGGGAGUACCUGAACGAGCGGGCCGGCGGGGAGUAAUCGGGACCAUGGGGUGCUUCUUCUCCAACAGGCGGAAGGCUGAGAAGGAGUCGCAGCCCGAGGGCGGGGAGGAGCGGCCGAAGCAGUACAGCUGGGACCAGCGCGAGAAGGUUGAUCCAAAAGACUACAUGUUCAGUGGCCUGAAGGAUGAAACAGUAGGUCGCCUACCUGGCCAAGUGGCAGGACAACAGUUUCUCAUUCAAGACUGUGAGAACUGUAACAUCUACAUCUUUGAUCACUCUGCUACAAUUACUAUCGACGACUGUACUAACUGCGUAAUUUUUCUGGGACCUGUGAAAGGCAGUGUGUUUUUCCGGAAUUGCAGAGAUUGCAAGUGCACGUUAGCCUGCCAGCAGUUUCGUGUGAGGGAUUGUAGAAAGCUGGAAGUCUUUUUGUGCUGUGCCACUCAACCCAUCAUUGAGUCUUCCACAAACAUCAAGUUUGGCUGCUUCCAAUGGUACUACCCUGAAUUAGCGUUCCAGUUCAAAGAUGCAGGGCUAAGUAUCUUCAAUAAUACCUGGAGCAACAUUCAUGACUUUACACCUGUGUCAGGAGAACUCAACUGGAGCCUUCUUCCAGAGAAUGCUGUAGUGCAAGACCAUGUUCCUCUACCUACUACCGAAGAGCUCAAAGCUGUCCGAGUUUCCACAGAAGCCAAUAGAAGUAUUGUUCCAGUAUCUCGGGGUCAGAGACAGAAGAGCAGCGAUGAGUCAUGCUUAGUGGUAUUAUUUGCUGGUGAUUACACUAUUGCAAAUGCCAGAAAACUAAUUGAUGAGAUGGUCGGUAAAGGCUUUUUCCUAGUACAGACAAAGGAAGUGUCAAUGAAAGCCGAGGAUGCUCAAAGGGUUUUUGGGGAAAAAGCACCUGACUUCCUUCCUCUUCUGAACAAAGGUCCUGUUAUUGCCUUGGAAUUUAAUGGAGAUGGAGCUGUAGAAGGAUGCCAGCUUAUUGUCAAUGAGAUAUUCAAUGGGACCAAGAUGUUUGUAUCAGAAAGCAAGGAGACAGCAUCUGCAGAUGUAGACAGCUUCUACAACUUUGCUGACAUACAGAUGGGAAUAUGAAGUGCAAUGUGGAACCAAGGACUUGGAGGCAGGGGAGAGCUACUUGUUUAAAAAUCCACAUCCUUGGACCCAGGCCCCAGAUACCCUGCUUCAUUCUCCAGGGGAAACCCGGUUGUGAGGAGUUUGUUGUAAGCUAAAGUAAUCAGUUCAGAAGAUGUUGAUUGGGUGAUCUGGAGAAGAAGGGACUGAACCUUCCAUGUACAUCGUAUAUAGCAGCUAAUAGGAAAUUAGCUUUCAUAGGUCUAUUUUUAAAAGGAACCUUAAAUUUAAAUCUAUUUUGGUAAAACCAAGACUGAAAAUAGCCGCUUAUAAAAAUCCCUCUUACGAUUGUUACUAAAAAUGUAUUUUCAUGUGUAAACUGCUUUUGAAUAUAUCAGAUUAAUUUAUAACUACUAUAUUGAACUGUGUGUUGAUGUUCCGAAAUAAUACAUUCAAAGACUUUUCACUUUCAUAAGUAAAAUUGACUACCUACCCUGUGUCUGGCCUCGUGCUAACCAUUAGCAUUGUAUCAUUUCAGUCUUUUGUAAGAGCAUUCUAUACUACAUUCUCAAUCUCUUCUUUAAAUCAGAAUGAUUUCAUGAGAUGCAAAUAAAACUUGGUGACAGGGUUAACAUAAUUAUAAUCAUAAUUUACAAAUAAGCUUUGCAAUUAGUAGUCAGAGGGCAUUGAUUUUUCCCACGGUUAAGCUAAAUUAAACUUAUUCUUCUGAUUGUGAUUACAUUAUUAAAUCCCAUUAUUCACACUUACAGUAUAGUACCUUUUGUUUUUUAAAAAUAAAUACGGUACACAAAGCUGUAAACUGAGUUCUUUAUCUAUAGUAUUUUAGCAAAAAACUCAGGAAUAUAACAUAUAAGGGAGUUGUUAAUUUUAAAAUACCCACUAAAUUUAGUAUCUAUUAACCAAAGCCUAAAAUUUUAUAUUCUUCAGUUGGGUAAGAGCUUUUACCCAAGCUUAAUUUGUCUUUAAGGACAGUCAUUUGGCCUCUGAAUGUUUGAAAAGAUUUUUAAAAAUAAGUAGUGCUAUGGUUGUUGUUUCUAUAAUAACAAAUGUUGAUAAUAAUUAUACUACAUUUCAUUUUUAAUAGCCUUUUAACUCAUGAACAUUUAUUAGCAAGGAAAAAUUAGUAAUUUUAUUA